AUGGCAUCUAAACCAGCAACUUCAGCAACAUUCUCCUUCUUUUUUCUGUUAGCACUUGCUGUGGGUUCUAAUGCUGGUGAAAUAGCUAUCUACUGGGGUCAGAAUGGAAAUGAAGGCACAUUAGCAGAUACUUGUGCCUCCGGGAACUAUGAUUUUGUGAACUUAGCUUUCCUUUGUACAUUUGGUAAUGGGCAGACUCCUCAACUCAACCUUGCAGGUCACUGCGAUCCAUCAGUCAAUGGGUGCACCGGUUUGAGUUCUGAUAUCAAAUCUUGCCAAGCCAAAGGAGUCAAGGUCAUUCUCUCCAUUGGAGGAGGAGCAGGGAGCUAUUACCUUGCCUCUGCAGAAGAUGCCCGACAAGUUGCAACUUACUUGUGGAACAACUACUUAGGAGGACAGUCAUCUUCACGGCCCUUAGGUGAUGCUGUUUUGGACGGGAUUGAUUUUGAUAUCGAAGGACGAACAAACCAAUACUGGGAUGUUCUUGCAAAAUAUCUUUCUGCUUAUAGCAACCGCGGCAAGAAAGUUUACUUAACAGCAGCACCUCAGUGCCCUUAUCCUGAUGCAUGGGUUGGAGGUGCACUUCAGACUGGUCUUUUCGACUAUGUUUGGGUACAAUUCUACAACAAUCCUCCAUGCCAAUAUUCUGGUGGAGAUUUGAGCAACCUUGAGGAUGCGUGGAAGCAAUGGAAAUCCAUCCCUGCAGGGAAGGUCUUCCUUGGAUUGCCAGCUGCUCCCGAUGCAGCUGGAAGCGGCUUUAUUCCUGCUACUGAUCUUACCUCACAAGUGCUUCCAGCAAUUAAGGAUUCUGACAAGUAUGGAGGUGUUAUGCUGUGGUCUAAGUAUUAUGAUGAUGAAACUGGAUAUAGUAAAUCCAUUAAGAGUGAUGUCUAA